UUACUUGACGUUGACGCAGGCGGUCGGUUCGAAAACUAUUUCCGACUGAACCAGAAAAUACAUUAGGCGCGAUUUGAAAAUACUGUAUUUUAUCUGUGUGUUGUGUGUGUCUGUGUAAUUAGAGUGAGAAAUAACACAAAGCUAACCAGAUUUCUGCACUUCUCGCAACCGCAACGAUAUUUUGAAAAAUAAAUAUCACGCUUGGAAAUGUCGCCAGCAGAUGACAACUCCUUUGCCACCACGAGUGGCAACAAAAAGGCCACAUACACUCUUAUAUGCAUCAAAGUUGUAGAGUUGUGCCUGUUAAUAUGCUGCCUUGGUCUGAUCGACGAACCGGCCACCAACUCCCACUUGCGAGUCUUCAUCACACCCCGUGUAAUGGCCCUCUGUUAUGUGACCUUUGGAGCUCUGACCAUCUAUACGGCGAUCUACCUGAUAAUGGCUCUGGUCGGUGAUCUGACACCCUGGCGCACUGCAACGUUGUGGUCCCUGGUGGCAUUCUGUUUGUUUGUGGCCGUUACGGCUCUACUCUUCCGGGACUGGUCGACCACCAAGGAUCGAAACUAUUGGCACCCGAACAUGCACCGCCUGGACCUGGUUAUGGCAUCAGCCUCUAUUGCUCUGGUCACUUCCCUCGUGUAUCUACUGGACAUACUGCUGACCAUUCGCUUCGGUGUCCAUGGCGAUUUGGAAUGACAGGGCGCCUUGCGUCGCCUGUUAUAUUUAUAGCGCUAUCUUAGUCUUAAGCCCCAUCAAAUUGUAGCCCCACGAAAUCUGUAAAAAGAAAAGAAACAUCAGAUUUGCCAUUAUCGAAAGACAAAUGUACAAAAAGAAGUCAAAGGAACUUGAAAGAUUGUUUAAGCAUCACCUGCAGCCCGUUUUGUUUUGUUUUUUUUUAUCCAUCGCGAAUGUGAACGCGAAAUUAUUUCUCUAAUCCAGUUAGCAUUUAAGAAACAACACAAAUACAUUUUUUAUGAGA